CGGAUACCCGAUCCGGCAUCACGGCAUCGACGUUCGAUGGAGAAGCAUGAAGGCGAGUGAGAAAUGAGGAAGUGCGAGAGAAGCGCCGAGGGCAGACACUGGGCGAGGAAGAAGACUGGUGGAAUCUGAACCAACUCUUCCUGCCAAGGUAGGCCAUGGCGGGCAGAGAGAGGGGGCUUCGAAACGGCGAGCGGAGCGGCCUCCUCUUUCUCUUUCCUGUCACCGAGACGCAAUCUGCUCUUUGGGGCUUUGAUUUCCUCCUCUCCCCGUGUUGGUGGAGAGAAAGAGGUGGGUCUAGGGUAAAAAGGCUCUCCGCGGUCUUUCCCGUGUUCGUGCUCAUUUGCAUCUUUCAUUUUCCUCCCCCUGACGUUGUGUAGAAGAAAGAGAGGACCUUUGUCGGUAGUUUUGCCUUUUCACGUGGAUUAUCAGGUAUUGACGGCCUUCUUGUGUAUCAUCUGAUUUUUGCUGCUCCCUUAGCGAUUAAUCCAUUAUCCUGUUGCUUUCCACUUGCUGUUUCCUCCCGAUGCCGGUACCAGUUUGAUCCUUUUUGAGUCAUUUACCCCUUUUCUCUGCUGCCAGAGAAAUUUGCAAAACUUCAUCUUCAUGUCUGUUAUGACCUCGCGAGCUGUUUCCCCCCUUUUCUUUUGGUUAAAAAUGGAACUUUUGUGUAAAGUCGUUUGCUUGAAACUGAAAGUCGGUAUUCCGUUUCUGUCUGUUCUUGUUUCUUUCCCCCUAUCCAUGUAAGAUCUCCGCCUCUAUUGGAUUAUUUCUCCGAAAGGGCUUUCCUUUUUGCAGGUUCAACUACGGGGAAUAAAGGUAGGAAAGGGAAAUUUUCCUUUUACUUUUCGGCAGGAAUUUCUUCGCGACGAUCGGAUAGUUAUUUGCUCGGAGCAAACCUAGUCGUUGUGGUUUACGCUACGGGAUUUAGGAUUUUUUUUUGUUUUGUUUUGUUAGCACAACUAUUCCAAACUCAGGAGUGAUUGAGAAGGAAAAAUUCGCCCAAGAGGAAAAAAGGUAGAAAUGGGGAGAAAAUGGGAGUGGUUUAGUUCUGUCAGGCGAGCUUUCAUCCCCUACUGCUGUCGAGGAGACCUCAAAGAUAAUCUUGUUAGUUCCAAGGUUUCCGAUUCAUUCAAUACAACAGAAGUGGAAACCACUGUCGUGGAUUCUGCUCAUCCAUCGGUUGCUGCUCCAAUUCAGAAAGCUAAUAUGGUAGCGAAGGAGGAAGAAGAGAGCAAGCAUGCCUACUCAAUGGCGCUUACUAGUGCUGUGGCUUUAGAGGCUGCAGCUGUCGCCGUUCAAGCUUCAACCGAGGUUGCUCGCCUGGCUACCUCUGCAAGUAGGCACACAGGCGAAUCAAGAAAAGAGAUCGCAGUGCUCAGGAUCCAGAAUGCUUAUCGACGAUACAAGGCAAGAAAAAGAUUGGGAAGUUUAAGAGGACUGGUUAGGAUGAAGAGAGUUCUUGACGCGAAUACUGUCAAGUUUCAAACAACAAAAUCAUUGCAGUGCAUGCAGACGAUGGCUAGAGUGCAGGCACAAAUACAUUCACAGAGGGUCAGAAUGGCAGAGGAAAACCAAGCUCUCCAGAUGCAUUUGCAGCAGAAAUGUGAAAAUGAAUUUGAGAAAUUGAAGAUUGUUGAGGACUGGGAUAGCAGUCUUCUAUCCAAAGAGAAAAUCGAAGAAAAUCUACUGAACAAACAGGAAGCUGCUAUAAAAAGGGAAAGAACAUUAGCUUAUGCAUAUACACAUCAGUGGAGGAAUUCUACCAGAUCCUUAACUCAAGCACUGACAGACCCGAGCGAUCCGCAAUGGGGUUGGAGCUGGUUGGGACGCUCAAUGGCAGCAAGGCCAUGGGAUCACCAAAGCACAGUCAUACCUGCCACAACAAAACAACCUGACACCAACUUUGAAUCGACACCAGCAGCAGCUCAGAAGUCGGCCCGGCCUCCGGCAGCACCACGCACCAGCACCCCAUCUGCAGCAAUCAAAGAGAAAUCAGAGAGCCUAGUAGGUGCCUCUUUUAAGAAAGGAUCACUUUCCUCGUCAGAGAAAUGACUGGCUCUUCCGUCAGCUAGCAAUAGCAGUACUACGACUGCCACAAACGUUAGGCGCCAUUCAGGGCCGCCAACGGUAGUAACUACCAGCAAGCAGCGAGGAACAAGAUGCAAACAGUUGCAUGAGCGUAUAGCCUGAUAUAGAGGCAGUUGAGGGGCCUUUGUUGGCUCGUUCUCAGCCCGAUUUGCCGCCAAUUUGAAGUCUCGAUUUGUAGCAGCCGUGUUUGUUGUGCUGCAGCGGUUGGCCAUGGAUUAUGAUUCCAUUUUAGAAUUUCAGAAUGUUGCUUUUGGCUGUAAUCAAACCUCUGAUCUUGAGAAGAAAAAAACAAAACUAAAUAAAAAUUUGGCGAGCAAUUAAAACAA